UAAAAGCCAACAUUUAAAACUUUCUCAUUGUCUACAUUCAUCAGAUACAGAUAGAUAUAGCUCUAAAUAUGAUUUGCAAAUAUGCAUUUCAACCCAGAAAUGUCAACAUUAGGGAAGCCAACAUAACAAAACCAGAGAAUCACUAGUGGCAUGAUCUCAAUUUUCAUGAACAUGCCUUUCAAGAACCAUUCACCAGUGUUCAUCAUCAUGGUUCUUUCUUUCAUUUCUAAUGUUCAAGCACAAAACGAUGACACAGAUACCGUGCAAGAUUUUCCUGAACCUGUUCAUCCAAGCAAGAUGGUUGUAGUAGUGGCCCUUUCAAUAUUGUUCACUAUAUCAUUUCUCUUACUUGUCUAUAUAAGGUUCCGCAGAAGCAUCCCUCUUGAGCUUACCAGAAGGAGCCAUGAUUCACCAGAUUUUCAAGCACAAGCACGGUCAAGAUCAAGAAGUUCAGGGAUUGACAGAAAAGUGAUUGAAGCACUUCCAUUUUUCAUGUUCUCUUCCCUCAAAGGGUCCAAACAAGGGCUAGAGUGCACAGUGUGCUUGUCACAGUUUGAGGACACAGAGAUUCUUAGGCUCUUGCCAAAGUGCAAACAUGCUUUCCACAUGAAUUGCAUUGACAAGUGGUUUGAAAGCCACUCUACAUGCCCUCUUUGCAGGAAUAAUAUUGACCCCUUAGACAUCAAGAACUUCACCUACUCAAUCAGUUCAAGGUCCCUGAGAGUUCCUUCAAAUUUAACAGAGGACACUAACGUUGAAAUCUUUGUUCACAGGGAACCUUCUUCCCAUCAAGGCUCAUCAUCAUCAUCAUCAAGGUUUAACAUUGGAAACAGGUUUUGGAAUUUGGGUUGGAGCAACAAAAAGAAGCUUCUCGUUGACCAAGAGGUUUGUGGCACAAAUGGGACACCCGUGCAUAAGUUCUAUCACAAAAUUGUUGUCUCUGAUGCUGUUAGAAGAAGCAGGUGGAGUGAUCUUAACUCUUCGGACAUGUUAUCUUUGAAGAGUGAGAUGAUUCAUCACGCUUCAAUCGGAAGAUUCUCUCCCUCGAAUGAGUUUUUUUGUGGAAAUUCGAGCCUUUCCUCUGUUUUCAAUGAGGAUGAAAGUUCAAUUACGUUAUUGAACACAGCUGAGAAGAGAUCAAUGUCUGAUAUUGCUCAUGUUCCAAGGUUCAAAGAAAUAUGCAAGCAGAAUAGCAUGGAAGCAGGUGAGGCAUCAAGUGGGAAUAACGAGAGGGAAGAGAGGAUGAGGAGGAUUUGGUUGGCAAUUGCUCAACGAACAGUGCAAUGGUUUGCAGGACAAGAAAGAAAUUCAACAGAUUUAGAGAUAAAACAUUUAGCAUCGGAUGUUUGAUUUGGAACUUUGUAAUCCAGCAAGAAGUGUAAAUUUACUUUUUAGUGUUUUUAAUUGAAGAUAUAUAUAUACAGAUAAAAGUUUAAUA